UACAACAACUGUAACUUCUACGCCAACCACAGCAGCUGCCUCUACGACAACCACAGCAGCUCCAACUACAAUAAUGGCUGCUCCAACGACCACUACAGCUCCUGAACCUAUUGUGACAACCGAUGCAGCUCCUACUACACCAACUGCUAUUCUUAUGACCACCACGACUGCAGCACCAUCUUCAACAACUACAACUUUAGCUCCUAUGACAACCACUUCAACAGCACCUACUACAAUAACUGCAGUUCCAACAACUGUAGCUCCUGCUACCACUACACCUGCUGUACCUACUACAACAGUCACAACUGCAGCUCCUGUUACAACAACUGAAGCUUUUACGUCAACCACAGCAUCUGCCUCUACGAUAACCACUGCUGCUCUAACUAAAACAACGGCUGCUCCAAUGACCACUUCAUCUCCAGAACAUUCUCUGACAGAACCUACUCCUACGACUGCUAUGACUGCAGAACCUACCACAACAGCAACUGCAGCUCCUACAACAUAUGCUGUCCCUAAUAAAGCAACAUCUGGAGCACCUUCUACCAUAACUACAUCUACAGCUCCUACGACAACCACAACAACAGCACCUACUACAACACCUGCAGUUUCUACAACUGUAGCUCCCACGACCUUUACACCUGCUGUACUUACUACAACAACCACAACUACAUCUCCUGCUACAACAAUUGUAGCUUCUCUGUCAACCAUAGCAGCUGCCUCUAGGAUAUCCACUGCAGCUCUAACUAAAUCAUCUGCUGCUCCAACGACCACUACAACUUCUGAACCUGUUAUAGCAACCGGUGCAGCUCCUACUACACCAGCUGCUAUUCUUACGACCAACACGGCUGUAGCACCAUCUUCAACAACUACAACUUUAGCUCCUAUAACAACCACGUCAACAGCACCUACUACAUCACCUGCAGUUCCUGCAACUGCUGCUCCUACAACCCCUUCAACUCCAGAACCUAUUAUAACAGAACCUACUUCUACUACUGCUACGAUUGCAGAACCUACCACGACAUCCACUGCAGCUCCUACUACAACAUCUGCUGUUCUUUCGACCUCAACGACUGCAGCACCUUCUACAACAACUACAACAUCAGCUCCUACGACAACCACAACAACAGCACCUACUACAAAACCUGCAGUUUCUACAACUGUAGCUCCUACUACCACUACAACUGCUGUACUUACUACAACAAUCACAACUGGAGCUCCUGCUACAACAACUGUAGCUUCUAUGUCAACCACAGCAGCUGCCUCUACGAUAACCACUGCAUCUCUAACUAAAACAACUCCUGCCCCAACAACCACUACAUCUCCAGAACCUACUCCGACAGAACCUACGAGCACUACAACUCUAGAACCUAUUAAGACAACCACUGCAUCUGUGACAGAACCUACUUCUACUACUGCUACGACUGCAGAACCUACCACGACAGCCACUGCAGCUCCUACUACAACAACUGCUGUUCUUACGACCACAACGCCUGCAGCACCUUCUACAACAACUACAACUCCUACUCUUAUGACAACCACAACAACAGCACCUACUACAACACCUGCAGUUCCUACAACUUUAGCCCCCACGACACCUGCUCUACUUACUACAACAAUCACAACCACAUCUCCUGCUAAGUCAACUGUAGCUUCUACGUCAACCACAGUAGCUGCCUCUACGACAACCACUUCAGCUCUAACUACAAAAAGUGCUACUAUUACGAUUACUACAACUCCAGAUUCUACAACCACAGAACCCACUCAUAUGACUCCUAUAACUGCAGGUAUUUCCAGAGCAACAACUGCAGCUGCUACUACAACAACUACGACCACGACACCUGCUGUACCUACUAUAACAAUUAUAACUACAGCUCCUGCUACAACAACUGUAGCUUCUCUGUCAACCACAGCAGCUGCCCCUUUGACAACCACUGCAGCUCCUUUGACAACCACUGCAGCUCUUACGAAAACAACUGUAACUCAUACGACAACAGCUGUUGGUCCUUUGACCACCACAACUGUAGAACCUAUUUUAACAUCUACAUCUGAAGCUACAACAACAACCACAAUUACAUCAGCUAGUACAGCACCUGCAGUUCCUACAGCAAAUGCUGCUUCUAUGACAACUCCAGGUCCUACGUCAACUGCAGCUCUUACGACAACUACUGUAGGUCCUACAACCAAUACAACUGGAGCUACUACAACAACUGCAACCACAGGUCCUACUACAAUAAAUAUAGCUCCUACAACAUCAACUGUAGCUCCUACGGCCUCUGUGAUUGCAGAACCUACUACGACAACUCUACCUCCUACGACAACACCUGCAGCUGCUACCACAAUAACUGUAUCUCUUCCAAACACUACAACAGCAGUAAUUAUUACAAAUCCCACAAUUAAAGCUCUUACUACAAUAAAUGUUGAUCCCAUGACAACCACAACAACAGCCCCUACAACAACCAGUGCUGUUCUAACUACAACAACUGUGGGUUCAACAACCACUACAUCUGCCGCAUCUCCUACAUCAACCACAACAGCAACACCUACAAUGACAACAGUAGCUUUUACAACAAAUGAAGCUCCUACGUCAAUAAAUGUAGCUCCUAUAUCCACUACACCUGCAGUACAUACUACUGUAGCUUCAAUGCCCACUACAACAGCAGCACCUACAAUGACAACUGAAUCUCUUAUGACCAAUACAAAUGCAGCACCAACUAUGACAACUGCCAUUCUUACUACAACCACAACUACAGCUUUUACAAGAACUUCCAUAAUCCCUACUACCACCAGCACAAAAGAAACUCCUACUACCAUAACUAUAAUGGCAGUUCCUAUAACCACCACAACUUUAGCUUCUUCUACGACAACCAAAACAUCAACUGCAACAUUGACAACUACAAAUACAUCUCCAACAAUCGCAACUCAACCUCUUAAAACCACCUCCAUCAAUGUUGCUUCUAUUACAACAAUUAAUACUGCAGGUCCUACAAGCACCACCACAACUGGUAGUUCUCAUUCUACAACAACGACUCCAACUGCAGCACCUACAAGUACAACCGCAAUUGUACUUCCUACCUCGACAACCAGAACUGCAACUUAUAACUCAACUUCUAUGGCUUCAGUGACAUCAACAACUAGAUUCGGCACAGUGGGAGUUUUUGUUAAACUGAUAUUCAAGGUCAAAACACCAGUCCCCACUGAGGAUGAUGUCCUUGGUGCCGUCAAGAAGCAAUUGUCUCCUCAGUUCACGACCACUCAAACCACCUUCCAGAAUGCAACUUAUAUCAAACUUACAGAUGCUUCAUUUGCCAUCGACCUUGGUUUCAAAAUAACCAAUGUAACCCAGGAGUCUCUAAGUAAUAGACUCACACUCACCAUUGAGACCGAAACCCAGAUACAGGAUUCAAUUAACAGACUACUCCAUAAGGUUCUCAGUGAACCAGUCGGCAAACAGUUUCAAUUUCCCAACGCCAAAUUCAUUGCUGAUGGCACUGAAAUCACGGCAAACGUGACGUAUGUUUACAAAGAGGAAGAUGUCAACCACCCUAGUGGUUUUCUACAGGAAGUCUUAAAAGUCUCAGGUCUCCUGACCACCACUGUUUCCCCAACAACAACAACAACAACAACAACUACCAACACCACACCACUUCCUACCCUUUUGACUUCAGUGACAUCAACAACUAGAUUCGGCACAGUGGUGGUUUUUGUUAAACUGAUAUUCAAGCUCAAAACACCAGUCCCCACUGAGGAUGAUGUCCUUGGUGCCGUCAAGAAGCAAUUGUCUCGUCAAUUCAGGACCACUCAAACCACCUACCAGAAUGCAACUUAUAUCAAACUUACAGAUACUUCAUUUGCCAUCAACCUUGGUUUCAAAAUAACCAAUGUAACCCUGGAGUCUCUAAGUCAUAGACUCACAUUCACCAACGAGACCUACAUCAAGAUACAGGAUUCAAUUAACAGUCUACUCCAUAAGGUUCUCAGUGAACCAGACGGCAAACAGUUUCAAUUUCCCAACGCCAACUUCGUUGCUGAUGGCACUGAAAUCACGGCAAAUGUGACGUAUGUUUACAAAGAGGAAGAUGUCAACCACCCUAGUGGUUUUCUACAGGAAGUCUUAAAAGUCUCAGGUCUCCUGACCACCACUGUUGCCCCAACAACAACUACCAACACCACACCACUUCCUACCCUUUUGCUGACCACUCCUUUCAAUACCACAAGUGUUGGAGGUUUUCCUGGCUGGGCUUUGGCCAUUAUCAUUCCUUGUGGCAUCGCUAUCAUUCUGGUACCGCUGUGGAUCCUGCUAUGUUGUAUGCUAUGUGGCUGCUGUGCAGCUGUAAGGAGACGCUGGCACAGACGCAGAUCUUACAAUGUACAGUACACCACCAGAAAUGGACUCUUCUGAGGUGACAACACUAACAUCAGUAGGCAACUGUCAUCACAAGAACAGUCAAUUAUCUAUCUAUAUCUGCUAAUCAGGAGGUUUCAUUGGGUACUUGCAUCUAUUUUUUUAACACAAAAAGAAAAUUCAUAAUGGGCUUAAUAAUCCACAGGUGUUUUGUGCAUUGUACAAUUUUUUAUAUUAUACAUCUGAUUGUUAAUCAAAGUUACAGCUGAGCUGAACAGCAUGUAUGUUUAUGUAUUUAUUAGCUAUGUAAUUUAUGUGGUUUCAAGCUGUGCUGUCCACUGACUAAAACAGUUUUCAGUUAUUUAUUGAAUGUAUAAUAAGGUAGAUAAAAAUAUUAAUUUGAGUUUUGUUAUUUCCUCUCUUGAUUAACUAUUAACUAACUUAUUUUCAACUGCAAUACAGUACUUGUUUCUUCAUCACACAGUUUGACAAAUGUAAUAAAGACUUUGCAAAUCAGUAUUAAGAAAA